AUGCUCGCUGCGCACAACAAGUCGGCCCGCGGGCUUCAGUGGCGCACCAAAAGCAGGCUCCCGUGUUCCAACUGCCAGAGCGUGCACACCCGAUCGUGGCUUCGAAAUCAAGGCAGCAAGGCAGUCGUUCGAUGUGCACACAGCGCUGUGCUCGAUACCGCCGCAAUUUACCCUAUCACCGCUAUCUCUCGAAAGGCCCAGGACACGCCCCUGGCAGCCGUUGUGCCGCUCUCUCGCUUCACCUCUACCCGGUAUCGCUGUGUCAUCAGCAGGGCCCUCUUACUGCUCGCUCCUCCAGAGGCCUCGUCCGAAAAGAACGUCGGUUGCAGCCUGCAGGUUGCUUCAUGGGUCCCGCCUCCGAAGCCACCAUUUAACGAACGCCGGCGCUCUGGUCGAAGAGGUCUAAGGAACGGCUGCAGCACGUUUCCCCGCAAAACUGGGCACAGCCAGCCAUGCACAGUACUAUGGGCCGAGCACCGCUUUAACGCAAAGCCUUGCAUCGAACGAAGUCUGGGGUCCCCAUGGGUAUCCCCCGCGUCGGCCUACAAAAGUUCCUGGGUCAGGGGGUGCGCCGCUAACUGGUCGCGACCUCUUCCAUGGACGGCGCUUGCGACGCUUCGACAGCUAUACAACAUAGGCCAGCUCUAA